CAUCCUUUCUAUUCACUCUCUCUCUCUCUGUUUUUGUAGAUUUUCAAUUUGGAUAACCAGAGCAGGAGCCAAACCUGCAUCUGAUUCUGAAUUCUGAUCCAAGAAUCUCUCAAAGUGGCUCCUUCCCAUUAUUUAUCCCAUUAAAGCUUCAUCCUCUGUAAGUCCAAGUUUCCCUCUUUAUCUUCAUUCUUUUUAACAAACCAAAACCCACAACCAGUAAUUAAAGGGUUCGCUAGGGUUUCAGCUGGAUUGUCUUUCUCCAGGCACGUUGCUCAAUUGGUAAUUGGUCUGGAGAAAUGACGAGGGUAGGCCGAGAUUUUGGGGACACAAUGCAAAAGGAUGCUGUUCCGGCGGUGUCUGCUGAUGUGGUUUUUGCUUCAAGUCGGUUUCCUAAUUACAGAAUUGGAGCUAACAAUCAGAUUGUAGAGGGAAAGGAUGACCGAAAGGUACUGUCGAUGAAGGAAGUUGUAGCCCGUGAGACAGCACAAUUGUUGGAACAGCAGAAUCGCCUUUCCGUCCGAGACCUUGCCAGUAAAUUUGAGAAAGGGUUGGCUGCUGCUGCUAAGUUGUCUGAAGAGGCUAGACUCAGGGAGGCAGCUUCUUUGGAAAAACAUGUCCUUUUGAAGAAGCUUCGGGAUGCACUAGAAUCACUAAAAGGACGUGUGGCUGGAAACAAGGAUGAUGUAGUGGAUGCUAUUUCAAUGGUUGAGGCCUUAGCAGUUCAGUUGACUCAAAGAGAAGGGGAGUUAAUACAAGAAAAAGCAGAGGUGAAGAAGCUAGCAAAUUUUCUUAAGAAGGCUUCAGAAGAUGCUAAAAAGCUUGUUGAUGAGGAGAGAGCUUUUGCUCGUGCUGAAAUUGAAAAUGCCAGAGCGGCAGUACAGAGGGUGGAAAAAGCCCUUCAGGAACAAGAACAAAUGUCGCGAGCUUCAGGAAAGCAGGACUUAGAAGAAUUGAUGAAAGAGGUUCAAGAGGCUAGACGAAUCAAAAUGCUGCAUCAGCCAAGCAAGGUAAUGGACAUGGAACACGAGCUUCGAGCAUUGAGGGCACAACUUACGGAGAAGUCUAAGAAUUCUGUUCGGCUUCAAAAAGAGCUGGCAAUGAGCAAGAGGGGCUUGGAGAAAAUUUCCGAAUUAUUUGAAUUAGAUGGCCCUGAAGUUUUAGGGUCAUAUUUGCGGAUUCAGCCUUGCUCUGGUGAUGCUCCAGAACUCUGUAAAUGUUUGAUUCAAUGGUAUCGCGUAUCAUCUCAAGGUGGCAAGAAGGAGUCUAUAUCAGGAGCUAUAAAAUCAGUUUAUGCCCCAGAGCCUUUUGAUGUUGGGCGAGUCUUGCAAGUUGAUAUUAUUUAUGAAGGACAGAGGCUAACGCUGACAACUGCUGGUCCCAUUGAUCCUGCUGCUGGUUUGGGAAGCUAUGUGGAGGCACUUGUACGGAAACAUGAUAUUGAGUUCAAUGUAGUUAUUACCCAGAUGAAUGGGGUCAAUCAUCCUUCGGAAUCUAUUCAUGUAUUUCAUGUUGGAAAAAUGAGGAUUAAACUUUGCAAGGGAAAAACUACAAUUGCUAAAGAAUACUUUUCUCCCUCAAUGCAGGUAUUAGAGAUUUUUUCUUUGUUUUCCACUUAACCCUUUUAAGUAACCAUACAGU